AUGAUCGACAAUGAAAUGAAUGACAAUGAUACAAUUAAAUCAACCGACGAAUUACUUAUCGAUUGCGUGAGAAGUUAUCCUCAUCUGUAUGAUCAUCAAGAUAGAAAUUUCAAGGAUCGUCUAAUGAAAGAGAAUUCGUGGAAGGAAAUCGCGUCAGUAAUAAAAAUGUUAGUUUCAGAGUGUCAAACACAAUGGGUUAAACUACGUGAAAAAUUUGCCAGAGAAAAACGACAAAAGGAAUUAGAAACAAGAAGUGGUAGUGAAGCCAGUCGUCGAAAUACAUUCUUCUUGUAUGAAAAUAUGCUUUUUUUAGAAAAACACGUUAAAAGGAGGCGAUCGUAUACUAACGUGUCGAAGCGUCCCAAGUUAGUAUUUGAUACCGACAGGAAUUCAAUCAUUAAAUCAGAGUCGUUCAUAUCUGUUUUAAAUGAAAAUAGCGAGCUAUCACCAAUGUCGACUACUUUAUUUGAUGAGGAUAACGUUUCUUUAACGACUCCAAAUGUAAUUACAUAUGAAAAGAUUCCUUCACGUUCGCCAGCUUCUCAAUUGUCUUCGCCUGUGCAAACUAUGCAAAAGUCUGUUUUGGAAUGGGAAGUUUCCAAUCACUCGAUAGGAUCAACACCCUCUCCAGCACCUCCACAAACACCUCUACAAAGUGGAUCACGAUCAACACCAUCUCCAGCACCUCCACAAAGUGGAUCACGAUCAACACUAUCUCCAGCACCUCUACAAAGUGGAUCACGAUCAAUACCAUCUCCGGCACUUGCACAACGAGAAUGUACGUUAAACAUCAAGAAAACCAAAGACUUGAAGAAGAUGGAAGAAUCUUUUUUUAAUUUGACUCAGGUUAUGCAGCAACGUUUCAUGGAUCCACGUAAUUCAAGAUCUACAAGCACUGCUGAUCAUUCAUUUGCGUCAUUAAUAGUUGCAGAGUUAGAAGCCUUACCAGAAGCUGAAAAAAGAACUUCUCAAUCGUCUUCGCCUAUGCAAACUAUGCGAAAGUCUGUUUUGGAAUGGGAAGUUUCCAAUCAUUCGAUAGACUCAACACCCUCUCCAGCACCUCUACAAAGUGAAUUACGAUCAACACCCCCUCCAGCACCUCUACAAAGCACCUCUAAAUAUCUAUUCCAUUAA